AUGACUACCAAGGAUAUUGAAGCACUCAUCGUAUCGUUUCGGGAUGCAACGCAAUUCUGGAUUGUGAGUCUAAAUUCUGAGAAAAUCUCUCAAGUCCGUGCAGCAUCGGUUGCCAAACCAUUAAAUGAACUUUCCAGUCUUGUCAAGCUCCUCCGAGCACAUACUACCAAAGUUGGAAUAAUAUUCGAGCCAGAGAGAUUAAAGAAAGAACCAGCAACUGCAUAUUCCACACUCGAAAAACUUUCUGAGUCACUUAUACUCACAGUCUCGCUUAUUGCUCAGCUCAAACUGCAGGAUAUCUCACAAUUAUACUACGAUGAGAUUGUUACACAAGUAGCGCAAUUGAUUGAAUCAAAUCACGAGUUGGCAAAAGAACUAUUACUGAUAUACGAAGCAGCGGAGAAAAAUGAGGGAGAAAGCAAACAAAGCAAAAGUGAGAGUGAGAAUGAAAGCAGUGGUGUGGAAAAUGGAAAUGGAAAUGGAAAUGGAAAUGGAAACGGAGAAGGUAGAUUAGUUUACGUUGGUAAAAUAUGGAGUAAUUGUGAUUCACUCUCUAAACUAUUAAGCGAGGGUGCUUUAGGUUUGCUCACGCUGAAGGUGAAACAGAGUAUAGACUUGAUCGAUGAUGGAUUUGAAGAGUUUGUGGAAUGGGCAGAGAAUCCAGAGGAUAUGGGCGACCCAUUUGGGUUCAGUGAUGAUGAUGAUGAUGAAGAAGAAGAAGAAGAGGAAGAAGAAGCAGCAGCAAUAGCAGAAUAUGAUGAUGUGAAAGGAAAAGUACCGAGUAGCACAGGAUAUGAACUGGAGAAGGAAGAAGAGAAGUCUAGCGAAACAGGAUUGUCGGACAAUGAUGAACUUUCGGCAUAUGCAAAAAAGUGGCAGAAAAAAAUUGAAUUGGUCAGAUUAUUGUUGGCAUCAUUCAAGAAAUCACUUCCGAAAACAACCGCUUCCAAUCAAAUAGAUAAGAUAUAUGACAUCCAGAAAAGCUUGGUCACCAGUAUCGACAAACUCAUUGUAGAGCUCAUGAUGAAUGGUGAGAUUUCAGAUGAAGUAGAAAGCAUAGCAGAUGACAUUAGCAAUAGCUCAACAAAAUUGGCUAAAUUAGCAGAGUCUAUACACAAAGAUGAUACCAAAAAAACCAGCUGGUAUUCAACUUGGAUAACUAAAUAUGAUAGCUAG